AUGACGAAGCUCCGGGGGGGAGCGGAGUGGCGCGGCGCGCUCAGCCCGCACAGGGACUCCGCGGCCCGGAUCCAGGACUCGGUCACGCAGCGGCGCCCCGGGACCUCCGAGGAAACUUUGCGCCCCAACUCCGGAGGCCUGGACGGAGUGUUGGGCCAACACAGCGGGGCGAUGGGGAGUGUGUUACCACAGCUAACCGGCCCCGAAGGGAAAGCCGUGCCCGGGCUGGUGGACGAGCCUCGAGCCGGGACUCGCAGUGCGCACCGGCUCCCCGCGGAUCAGCACGCCGAAGAGUGGGCGCCGAGCUCGGGCAAGAAGAAGAACUAUCAGCGCUACCCGAAACCGCCGUACUCUUACCUGGCCAUGAUCGCCAUGGUGAUCCAGAACUCACCACAGAAGAAGCUCACUCUCUCCCAGAUCCUGAAAGAGAUCAGUACGCUCUUCCCUUUCUUCAAAGGGAACUAUAAAGGAUGGAGAGAUUCGGUGCGGCACAACCUGUCCUCCUACGACUGCUUCGUCAAGGUGCUAAAGGAUCCAGGGAAGCCCCAGGGGAAGGGGAACUUUUGGGCUGUAGAGGUGAGUAGAGUCCCUCUGGAGCUGUUAAAGAGGCAGAACACAGCUGUGUCCAGACAAGAUGAAACCAUCUUCGCCCAGGACCUGGCGCCCUACAUACUGCAAGGGCAUACUCCCACUCAGCAGGAUGAAACGCAGCCCAGCGCCCCUGACUUGCCCAUCCGUCGUCAGUCCCCUGCUCCAGAAGACCUUUAUCGCCCCAAACUGGACUCGUCUUUCGCUAUCGAUUCUCUCUUGCACAGCUUUAGACCGGCGGACACGAUCAGGGGUCGAGGCGAUGGAUGGGGUGCGGAGUGUACUCAUCGCUCGCCACGCCCUAGAUACGUUUCAUCCAAUCGGAGUGCGUCAGCCAGUUCCGCUAGUCCCGCGUCUUCCUCGUCGUCAGAUGAAGACUGGAGAGGGAUGACGCGGUUCGAGGUGAGAAAACGAGGGACUGAUGGGGGACACCACAGGGCUGACGGAUAUGAUGGGUAUUUCCCACCAAGCAAAAUGGCAAAGCGUGGAGGUUCAGCGCCUCCUCCUUGGGAGCUGCCCACCUCUUAUGCUAAGUACACACCGCCGAACGCUGUAGCCCCGCCCAGCAUGCGCUUCAACACGAACCCUUUCCUCCCUCUCGGCUCUGUUCCGUUCUACGGCCAUCAUGUUGCGCCCAAUCACUUCGGCGCACAUUCUUACUGGCCCCUGUUAUCCGGUGGGCGUGUUUCGUUGCAAGCUCCACCCCUGCUGAUGGACUUGGACAGUAUGUUGCAGUCAGUUCCACCCAAUAAGAGUGUGUUUGAUGUGCAUGCACCACCAAAUCAAUACGGACCUCCAUUUACCAAGUAUUCCUAGUGCUGUUAAAAUUUACCACAUAAAUGAUGAUAAAUUUUCACUCUCCUAG